AUGUGCGUCGAGUGGUUUCUUCAACGCUAUGGCUUUUCAGACGUGAAUAAACCACAACGUGGCAGCUGGUUUUCCAGAUCAGAGAAGCUGUACCCCGUCCAUGUUGCAGCAAUGCUGGGGGAUGCUGACAUGCUUCAUUUCUUACUGGAAGCGGGAGCUGAUCCUGAGCAGAGGACAUCAAAGGGUCGAUCAGCGUUGGAGUGUGCGUUUGAUGCAAACCUUGAUGGUUCGCACCACUGCAUUUUUGACCUUCUCCAGUCGGUGCCGGAGCGCAAUUGUUCUGAAGCUGACCUAGUCUUCGUCUAG